AUGUCCAUCCGAGUUGUUGUCGACCUCUACUCGACCUAUGGGCCUUGGUUCAUCUCUCUCCUCCUCGAAACAGUGCUCUAUGGGAUCGGGCUGCUGCAAACGUGGCUGUAUUUCCAGUGGUGGAACGACGGCUGGGAGAUUCGCGGUGCUGUGCUACUUGUGUUCUUUUUCGAGACUGUUCAGGUCAUAUUCUUCUGGGCGUCGAGCUUCGAGCGCUACGUGAUGCGCUUUGGGCGGGUUCAACCGGAUUUGAUGUGGACGGAUUCGGUCCAACUUUUAGCCAACUAUCUCUCAGCCUUUACGGUCCAAUUAUACUUUGCAAGUCGAAUCUGGCAUCUCACACGUGAUGGGGUUCGGUUUCACAGUGUUUCUCGGUGGGGGAUCUACUUCAUAAUAUUCCUCGCUUUCACACAAAAUGGCUCGGCAGCUGCCGGCACUGUGCAAACCGCUUGGACUUACAUCAUCCGUCACUUCGCUGAACUCGACCGGACAAAAGCUACCACCACCCUGCAGACUGCCGCCUCCCUGGUGUGCGACAUGUCCAUCACGGUCUACCUGUGCAUCUUCCUGCGCCGGCAUCAAAGCGGCAUGCCUCGCACUCGACGGCUCCUCAAGGCCGUCAUGAUCAACGCGGUCAAUCGCGGAAUGCUCACCUCCCUCACCUCUGCCGGUACGAUGAUUUUGUUCGUUGUGUUCCCUAACACCUUUUGGUUCUUCUUGACGCUGGCCCCAAACAGCAAACUCUACAUGAAUAGCAUGCUCGCGACCCUCAACAUGCGCGACCACUUCCGCAAAAAGCUGUUUGGGCCGGCGGGUCAUGAGCCCGACACAGUCAACCUCCACGAGUUCCCGUUUUCUCCUGGCAGUCGCCGCAUCUCAGUGACCGUCUCUGCCGUCGAGUUUGUCCAUCCACCUCCUGGUUGCGCCAUCACUAGUACUGCAACCGGGCCGACGCUAUCAGUGCCGAACAAAACCCAGACGAUGUCUUGCCAUUCAAGCUGCUCUACGUCUGAUAGUGGUAUGGAAGUUGCUGUCUAA